AUGGCGAGCGACGCUUUAAAGACGACUGGAGUAGCCAAGGAACAAAACACAGCUAAAGGAAAUGCACACCGAGUUCAGGCGGAGCAGCGAGAAGCGUCGCAGUCUGACGAGGCGGAGUGUGAGGAGGGGAUCCGGAAGCAGCCGGAGGGUGCCAGAGGUCCGGAGCCACCGCACCAUGCCCGGCGGCCCAUGAAUGCAUUCCUCAUCUUCUGCAAGCGUCACCGCGGUGUCGUUCGUGAUCGUUUUCCACACCUGGAGAACCGCUCGGUCACCAAGAUACUCGGGGAGUGGUGGGCGAACCUCGAGGCUCGGGAGAAGGCCUCCUACACAGAACUAGCCAAGCAGUAUAAAGAGGCAUUUCUACAAGCGAAUCCAGACUUCAAGUGGUACAAGUUGCCCGCUCCGCCACUGCGCACCCUGGUGACGAGACCGUCCAACCAGACAAGACCCCUAAAACUGGAGUGUGACACGGCGUGCGGUGGUCCCAUUACUCCUGGAAAGCUGGCAGACGAGACGCAGAUGGGGAGCUUGAGCAGCCUGCUGGCGUCACUGCCGCCCCCCGGCCCUGCCCCCUUGACGCCGCCCCCGGUCCCUCCGGCUACUGGACCACCAAAACCGCCGAAGAAGCGCUACUUGCAGGAGCUGGGAGCUGGGGAGGCACAGCACGUUCUGCCGAUGCCUCCAGUUUACCGCCUCAGGAUGGCGGCGUCUGAGGAAACUGACAGGACUACAGAAAGCCGAUCGCCAUUCAGGCAGUUGAGACCGUCGUCUGCUCUGCCACAACAAGGCGGCGUUCUUGGUGAAGGCACAACGCUGAAGACGUCCCAGCAGGACAUCAUCGACAGGGUUGUCGACCGGAUGUGCCGCCUUUCGGACAGUGAAGGCAUUGGGUCGAAGCUGUUGGAUAACAAUAAUGAUGCACAGUAUCCAUGCUCUAGAGAGAGGUCGCUGGUCGGCGACGUCGAGUCCCGGUGCUGCACUGGUGCCCAGUCCCACAAGAGUUUGUUUCGCAGCAGUGGCAGUCCUGGACCGCCAGUUGAAGAAAAUAGUGCCCUCGAAGUUGCUGGAGAAAUGAGUGAUGGGGAAGAUGGUACAGUUGUGCCGCCAGGGUUUGAAGAUUCUCCUAUAAGAGAGAAGGGAUCGUCUACUGUGCGAAACGAUAUCGAGGAUUAUGCUAACUUUCCUGUUGGUGCAGUCGUGGCUGGAGGGAAAUUGGCGGAUGAGUUAAAGGACUUUUCUGUUGCUGAGAGAGAAAGCGCAUUGUCUAGUUUUAGGUCUGGUUGUGAACUAGGAACUGUUAACAGCGCUGUAGAUUGCCUUAACCUCAAGAAGACUAAAGCGAGCUUGAAAGAAUUUCCGAAGAAAAACUAUGAAACAAUAGAGGGCAGCAUAAUGGCAUCUUGUACUUCAAUUGGGGAAGUUGCAUGUAGUUCGACUAGAGAUAGUUCUGUCAGCGAAGAGAGCAUCACUUCUGGGGAGAAAAUGGAACCUGAAACAAAGACCAAAGUAUCCGAAGAUCUCUGUAGUUCUUCCAGUAAUUGUACACAACCUUUCUCUGCCUCUCCUCAGGAUAAGGGGGUAGAAUGUCCGCAGCAACACUCCAGAAAUGCUGAACGACAAAGAAUCCCUGGUUCACUAGGUGGAAAUCCUCCGAGUUUUGAGUGUCCGUCAGAGCUCACUGACAAGUAUACCAGCAGUGAUUGUAUCACACAGUUGUCUCCCUCACAAGAUACAUCAAACAAUUCUGUAGCAACAAAAAAUGUGGAAUAUGUGGGACCAAUUCUUGCAAUGACUAGUUUGCUAGAAGGUGACAACUCUGUCCGACCGUCGACAGCUGCCUCUGGGUGUCUUCCCAAUGGAAAGCCUAUCGGGAAAAGAGGUCAUUUGUGUCCUAAAGUAAAGAAAUUGCACCAUUCUGAAUCAGUAGAUAAUGUACAAAAUGGAAGUAAUCUAUUAAAAUGUGUAGACUGUCCAGGAGUGCCAUUGGUCUCAACUGAAGAACAGAGAAGAGAAUUGAUUGUUUCACAUGCUAUGGACAUUUGUUCGAAGGAAUCCGCAGACAAUUUUUCAGGCUCAAAGUUGGAGGAGCAUGUCAGUAGCGAUGUUUUGUGCAGAGCACCGGAUGUAGAAGAAAUGGUAAAGAUACAAGGGAAGAAACCAGAGCGGAAACUUCUGCAGGUGAAGCCAUCUGUAAGGACUGUAGAAAGUGCAACACAGUUUGAUGGAGGCACGUACACCCAUGUCUUUGUCAGUAAGACAUCGAAGAAUGAGUGCAGUAAGAUAAAAAAUGACUGUUCGACAGCAUUAUUGAAAUAUCGGCAUGUGGUGGACGAUACGCAGGGAAAAGACAGUGGGAAAACUGAAGGACUUGCCACCAUUAUUUGCCAUACUAAUGACACUGAUAUUUUCCCCCCUCUAAAAUCUGCAGACUGUAACGGUGAGUGUGUCACAAAUUACAGUGGAGAGGUAAAAGUUAAAACAGCAAAUGAAGCUUCUCCAGCUAACAUUUUGAAUCAUUCAACUUUGAAAAAGCCAUGGAAAUUGAGAGGUGCCAGCAGGAAACGUGAACACUUCCUUGUGUCUACUGGAUCUGAAAUGUCGAAAAUUCAGCCUGGAAAACAUUUUAAAAGAAUGAAAAUGGACAACAAAAUUGCACGCAACUUACAAACAAAAAAUGUGCCCAUGGUAGAAAGCACGAGCAAAGGAUUCACAGAAGGUGCUGGUGUUUUGCUACCUCAUAUCAUUUCAGAAGGAAGAGGCUUUCAUCUGGAUGACCAAAAGCAAGCUACUGGUAGUGAAACAUCAAACAAGUGUCUGGAUCUCAAGGUAUACAAUACUGCCCAGAAAGGUGACCAUAAAGAAACUGUUGUUUACGGUUCUGAAAACUUUAAUAAAAGUGCCGGUAGUACCAUUUGCUCUGCCGAUGCAAAUAAAGAUAAUAUCAGUCGAGAAGAAAAGGUUUUGUGUGAGGUGCCAUUUCAUUCUGUAAGUAGCGAGUUGAGCACCGAUGUAGAGAAUAACAGUGCAUUUCAAAUGUGUGAAUCUACAAUACCGAGUGUGCGAGAAGCAUCUGGAACUUGUGAUGAGCUUGCAGAAAUGACAAGGACAGAAGAAAAUCCAGAUAACACUGAUAAUUUAGAACUGGUGAACAUUUGUGGUAUGGACCAAAUUAUUAACAGUGCAGAUGAAAAGACAUGUGAUGAAAGUGCUCCCAAUACCAGCUCAAAAUUAGUACGGACUUCUGUGCCUGUGGAGUCAUAUGAGGGUAGUAAUAUUAGUGUAGUGGAAGAAUCCAUCAUCAGUGAAUUGACUGCCACUUCAUCAUCUGUCGUUCUUGACAUCGAUCUGGACCUGACACAAACACGACUGAGCCCACAGGGACUUGCAGACCUCGCCGCUAAGGAUGGUGUUGUUGUCCUCACCUUACCAGUGGAUGAUGAGCUAGUGCUCCCUCCACUUCUGUCCGAACCACAGCCAGCUGUCGUCGCCGUGCAGCCAGCUGCUGUGGAGUGUCUGGAAGCUGCCAGCCAGACGUUCACGGAUGUUGAAUCGCGGGAUGCUGCUGCUUGCUCGAUUGUCGGAGGUGGUGUUCUGUCUGCCGUUGACAAGGACACGUCCAGCAAUGAAAGUGAAGACAGUAGAGAAUCGAUGUCUGAAGAGACUGUCACAGCAGCCACAAAUAUUACAGAAGCUGUACCAUUGGAGGCGAGUGAUGCGGGACCUAACAGCGCUGCAGUGAAUGACGGAGAGAGUCCGUCUGUGGGUGGCAGUUCGUCUGGAGCAGUUUCUGAAACAGAGAUACCACUGACUGGUGCUGGCGAAUGUCUUCCAGUAAUGGACGAGUCUGCUGAUUUUUCUGUUUCAAUCCAGAAGAGCGAAGAGAAUUAUGACGGGGAGUCGAAUGCGGUGAGGAGGAAAUCGACGAGAACGUGCAAAGGUCUUCGGUACCACCAGUUCAUGGUAGAAGGCCGUCUCAAGAAAGGCCAUCGUCGGGCACUCUCUCGUGGCUCAUCUGAGAAAGGAGGAAAGGUGCUGAGGUCCAGCAGCUGUGCUCUUGCAGUACACAGUGCAGGUGUGCUUGCGUCGGUUCCUGCGACAUCACCUUCGGAUGUGACUUGUGCACUUCCUUCAGUCGCAGUUCCACCUGUAGGAAGCUCAAAUGCAAUGAGCAGCAGCAGCAGAGAUGUCUCGUCAGGCAGUGACCGUUCUGAUGCCGAAAUGGACAUGCCAUUGGAAAUGAGGAACCGUUUUAGCAGUCCAGACAACUUGCAGAGGAUAUACACCGUAAAAUCUAAAUUUGAGAAGCCCGGGAAAGAUGUCCUGGAAGACAGCAUGCCGGACUCACCUGCUAAAAAGAGAUUCCGUGCUGCGGAUUUCAAUCUGGAAGAGAAGAUUGAGGCACUGCCCUCCCUCAGCCUGGAGGAGUUCCAGAUGAAGAAGAAGGCUCGCAAGAGGAAAGUCGCCCCUCCUCUGCCACCUCCAGACUCCAAGCUGCCUCCGAAACAGACAGUUCCCUCACCGGCAGUUUCUCCAGACAGCACUGAAGGCAGCAACAUUGCAGGGAACAGAGUCACACUGACUGUGGAAGCGACAGCAGUGGUCACCUCCUCUGACUCUGUGUGUUCGACGGCACACCUGCAGAGCGCAGGGGGAGUGACCUUGGCGUCUGCGGUGGGUAGUGCGGCAGACGCGUCACGGCAGCUUGUCGGUAGCCAGAAGCGGAAGGCCCGCAAACAGAGCAUCACUAGGCUCGACUCUGACAAUGUGCGCAUACUCAGGGAUACGGCAGUGGUUGAACCAGCCGUCCUCAGCAAUAUUGCGCUGUCUUCGUUGGCCACAAUUGCUGUCACAGGAAGCAAGCUAGUGAAAUAGUAAGUAGUACCUGCUGGGAGAAGAUUUUGUGAGAAGUUUGAGGAGAGUUUGGGCUGUGCAAAUACUGGUGCUAGAGUCUGUAGCUGUAUGAAGAUGGUACGUGGAUUAAUGAAUGUAUCAGGAAUGUGAAAUGUUUUAGGAUAAUUUGUAGUUUGAACAGCCUAGAAUUUGCAGACGUGAUUUGCCAUGUCUACAAUAUUCAUUCGUUGCUUUAUUCGUUCCAUUGUAAAACUGAGUGUACAGUUUUAUCUCUGUGCAGCACUGCUGCUCCCAAUGAAAUGUUUUAGUAAAAUUAUUUGCAGAGAUUAUAUUUCCUGAAAUUGCACUGUAUGUUUUUUAUUAUUAUAUGGAAAGUAAAUCAUAUAUAACAGUGUGGAGCUAAGUCACCAGAUUUUGUUCCUUUUAUUGAGCUAUUUAUUUAAUAUCAUUUGAGACCUGAUUAAAGAAGCUUAGAUUGAAUUAUGUAUAUGUUUAUAUUUUCCAGUGAUUUAAUAGUUAUUUACACUGGAACCAGUGUGUAUUCUUUAGAUAAUUCAUCUUAAAAGCCUGGUUUCAUUGUUAUCAUUUUUUUGUAACGUGCCCAGUGUGAUGAUGAACUGAAAGAAUUUAAUGUAUGGAAAGUUUUAAUGUAUUUGACAGUAUGGUCCACUUCUGUGUGAUGUUUGUUGUUGAGUAGUGUAUUUGUUUAGUGUGUUAGUAAGAUCGAUGUCGGCAAGUGUUUCUAAUUGUGUUAGUUGGAGUCUUGCUGUUUAUGCUCGCAGCACAUAUCAUCUGUUUUCUGCAACCUGUGUCUUGAAGUAACGGUUAUUAGUGUCACUUUUUUGUAUACAUUAUUGAUGCUGAAUGGAUAGUAGUUUCUGCAACAGUGUGUGUAAUCCCAGAGUAGGUGUGUUUGCUAUUCCAGUUCUGCUCAGAUAGAUAGUUUAUUCAAUUAGUAAAGACUGCAGGAAUUACAUGAGUCACUAUUAUAAUCUUGUAAUUGGCAUUUAAUAACAUAACAUUAGUGUACAAGAUUUGCACUUGUACAGCUAUUCCAAAAGUGAAAGGAGUGGAAAAUAACAAAAUAAAUGUGCUGUAUGUAUUUUUGGAGUGAAGGUAUUCAACAUUAGAGCCCUAACUCUUCAAAAGUGGUAAUUAUCACGUUACCAAAUAAAGUCUUUUACAGAUUUUGUGCUGUCUUUUGUAAAUUUGUAAAUUCAGUAGCAGCUGCAGAAUUAGAGAUCAUGUAUUUCUAGUUCAGCCAGUGCUAACCACACUAACAAGAUCUGUUUUAUAACAGGGUUUUUUGUGCUGUGAUCCUAAAUUAUGCAGUGGAGCAUUAUAAAGGCAACAAAACUGCAUACAUACCCAUUUUAUUUGUAAAAACUGAAAAGUGUUGGGAAGACAGGAGAUAAUGUUCUAAAAGUGUCCUUAUGAAAUUACCACAAAUGGAAAAAGAUUUCACAAUAAAUGACAGUUUUAAAAUGUUCUUUGUAAGUGUAAAAUGAUGUCUAAUAACAGAAAAAAAUCUGAUUCUAACUGCACUUCCUCAAGAUUGUCCAGUGGCAGUUACUGUGGCCUUUUUUGUGAAUUAGUCUGACUUUUCUGUUUUGUUAGUGCUGUCUGUGAAAUAUGCAUAUGUAUUCCUUCCUGUCAUUCUCAAGGACAGAUGAUAUGUCUGCAAUCAAACUAGAGUUGGAAAUUCUGAGCUAUGCUGAAGAAGCUUUCCAGUUAUCUUUUAAGAGCAGCUUAUUGAUUUGCCUGACAAAUAUACUAAACCCUGCAGUAGCUUACGAAUGUAUGUGUAAGUACAAAUUAUUAGUUCCUGGAUGUUGUAUAAUGUCUGCAGAAUGGAUAUUUAUGAAGCGAAAUAGUUGUAGUGUGUAUUUUGAUUGUAUUUCUGUGGAGAUAUACAAAUAAUGAAAAAAUAAGUGUUCUGUUGAAAAUUGUAUUUCCUGGAAUCAGGCUGGGGAUAUCUUCUUCAAUUGGUGCUACACUAUAGUCAAAGCAAAUACACUUGAGAUCAGAAACCAGAUUCUUUAAAGGAAAAAGUGUAUGUAUAUAUAAAACAUAUUUUUUUGUUUCUUCCAUCUGUAUAUUUUGUACUUGAGAUAAGUUUUUGGAUGGUGCUUUUGUAACUUAUCUGAUAACAAUUAUUAUAAUUUUACCAUCAUCAUCAUUAUUGUUGUAGCCCAUAGAUGUUGUUAGCAGGGUCCCACUUGCAUUUAAAAAGAUUAACUAUUGAGGUUUAUCUUGUUGUAAUUGACUUUAACUGUUUAUUUUUUACUUCAUCCUCACUAUAUGUUCAUGAGAAGUGGAAGCAGAUCAUCAUGUAGUUAAACUCCACUCAAGCCUAUGAGACAGUUGAAAGUUAUAAUGAAUUGUAAAUACACAGUCAUAAUUUCUCCUGUAUGGGAGGCUAUGUUUGGCAAUAGUUCUUUUAACCUAAAGUGUGGGACCUGCACAUUUUGUUUAUUUUAUAAAAAUGUUUAUGCUGACCGUACUGUUUACACAUGUAUAUGAUAUUUGAGAUUUUCUGUGUGUGUGUGUGUGUGUGUGUGUGUGUGUGUGUGUGUGUGUGAGAGAGAGAGAGAGAGAGAGAAUUAUAAUCACUCUUUUGAGAUACCAGUAUUAAUGUUAGAUGUGUUUGUGUACUUGUUGUGUGGUCAUAACUUGUAUAAAACCAGAGAUUUCAUGGAAGAAACCUUUUUAAAGUUUUUUUCGGUACAAGUUGUUCUUCAGAAGGUAGUGCAAUGCUAAAAGAUUGAGCAUAUUUUUCUGUGACGGAAAUGGAAGUUUUACGAAGCUGUGAAACAUGAAUAGUAGUCACAUCUUUCUUGUAAACUCAAUCAGAUGCAGAAGCUGCACAUGUUUGUGUGUCACAGCCAAGACUGCUUUUGUAACACUGUUAAGUUCAUGCACUAUGCCAUAUAAAAUUUGUUACUUUAA